AUGUUCUACCGCGAAAACAGUGAAUUCGAAUGGGUCCGUGGCCACUGCAAAGAAGCAGCUCGCAAAGCCUGGACGGUUCGUGAAGCCAAACUACACGACACGAGCAUUGCAGUUAUCACCAAGCAUCCGCGGAUGCUCAAUUGGACGUCCCCACACAAAUCUCUGAAUGAUAACACCAGCCUCUGCCAAGAUAUCAAACAGCAUGUUGCCAAACCUACGAAAUAG